AAAUCCAGUUUGGGCAGUUAUGGAUUCAUUGGGGUCUAUUUGGGUUAAUCGACGCAACCUUUAACAACAACAAAAAUGGCGGAGCGCGAAAGUGAAACACCAUGCUUGAUUAUUUCGGAUUCCUCAUGCCAGUAUGGACUGCGGUCAGUUUGGGGUACGGGGAAUCGGCUGUUUGCGUUUCCAGGAGAAAAUCCCCUUCUUUCCACAGAGAGAAGACAAGCCUCUGGUAAAUGGGAAAAGAUUCGGGAAGUUGAAUGGGACAUUGAUCUACACCACCCAGUCCUAAGGAAAAUGGUCAACGAUUCUCAUAAUAUAUUUGUUACACUGCAACGUCAAGCUUCUCGAUUAAAUGGAGCAGCACUUCAUACACAAAUUCUUAAGUCCAGCAGACACUAUAGAGCAACACAGAAAGCCUACAUAAAGGACUUAGAUGAAAUGAUAGAGAGCAGCCGAGACGAGGACCAGAGACAACAGUACAUGGAACACAUCAAGCUGCUGGACAUGUCGGAGCUCAUCUGGAGUCUGUGUGAAAUCCUCUUCAUCGAGAGUCCCGUUGGUGGUCUUGUUGUUCCCCAGUUAUUGGAGUGGUGGAAGAGUCAUUUUACCAUGGAGACCAUGUUCGGUGAUCUAGUGAGAGAGGAACAGCCGGGAAACAGUCCGGUUUACUGGGAUACGAUUUUUCGAUUGGUGCUACAAGGUCAGGUGGACAAAGCCUGGCGUCUCCUUUCCCUACAUUCAGCGAGUCAGACUGAAGACUUCCAGACCCUGAUCAGCCUACUCAAGAGAAUGCCACUUCUGACACAAUUAUACAGGGGUAGUUCAGUGGCGGAGUUUGACAUGAAGUGGCGACACUGGAGAGACGAAUGUCAAAGGAACUAUGAGGAACAAAAGUUCUCCACAAACGCAAAUCUAGAAACAGUUGUCAGGAUUCUGUGUGGUGAGGACGCGGUGUUCAGUGAAGUGAAGGACUUCUGUGACCCCUGGUAUCACAUGCUGAUAGCUAAAGCCCUCUACCAGGACCCCACAAUUAAAGCCUGUGAUCUUCAUUAUUAUAUCCAGAGAUGUCAGGAUGAGUAUAGAAGCAGUACAAGGAUGGGAGAACUAGACAACAUUUUACGGUCCACGCUCGAGUCUGACGUGUACCAAGUCAUCAAGGACAGCAGGUCAGUGUUCAGUAAUGGAUGGUUCGUAGCACACCUAACAGAUCUACUUCAACAUUGUGGACAGCUGGACACUCACAGAUUACAAUUUGGUUCAGAUCUGAGGGAGUUCCUCCUGUUAGAAUAUGCCAGUUCCCUCAUGUCACACGAAAGUUUGUGGAUAGUUGGUGUUAGUUAUCUUGACCAUUGUGCAGAAUUUGGAAGGAAAUACCUUGAAUUAUAUAUGGAUCACAUCCCAGUAGAUUCUGAGCGGAAGGCAAACAAAAUUCUGAAGAUUUGUGAAGAUCGCAACAUGACAGAACAAUCCAAAAGUAUCUGUAAAGUAAUGGGGAUGAAGUGUAUUAAGAACAAACGACUUGGAGCUGCUCUCACUUGGUUUUUGAGGUCAAAGGAUGUUGGAUUUGCCACAGUUCUUGCAGAAAAAUUUUUACUAGAGUACAGUGAAAAUGGAGAGUUCACGAACCUUGACCUCAUAGAUCACCUAGGUCCAUCCAUGUUGCUAAGCAACAGACUUACAUUUUUAGGUAAAUAUCGUGAGUUCCACAAGCUUUAUUCUGAGGGGGAGUACAGAGCUGCUGGGGACCUACUUUUAGCUCUGUUACAAGCUCGUCUGGCUCCUAAGCAGUUUUGGAUAACAUUGUUAAUCGAUGCAUUACCUCUACUAGAAAAAACAGAG